AUGCAGUCCUUCAAUCAUCGGACGGAUAGGCGACCACGGUCAAGUGAUGUCACAAAUGACGUCGACAGUCAGCCCCCCGAAGCAAAGAAGAUAAGGGGCCGCAAUAAACUGCAUAAGCCUCGCAAUGGUCAGAUAGUCUUAAUACCUGAGGGUGACAACCAAUUCCGCUAUGCUAAGUACUCAAUUGAUGAUAAAAUGAAGAAAGGCCCCAUCCUUGGAGUGCUUUUAAAGCAAGAAUAUCCUCCGAUCAUUGAAGGGACUACUAGAGAUGGUUGUCACUUCAAAUAUCAUGCAAGCAAAUGGUCCCACUAUUCGCACACUGUAAGGGAUGAUGGUCAAACACCAGCUGAUCGUGUGAAGCAAGAGUUUUGGAGCAUAUAUUCAGUUCCUGAAGAACUUGAAGAUGAAGCAGACCGUGUAUUUGAGAAAUAUGCACACAAUCAAUGCAAGAAUAUGAUGUACCAAGCUCGUCUAGAUGCUAUCAAGUUCUACUAUCGGGAAAUCAUUAAAAGCCCAAAGUCUGAUGCAUUUGCGUGUGCUAAGUUACUUUCUUUUGAAGAGUACAUGCAAUGCAAGCCUGAAUGGUUCACUGAUGAAUCAUGGGAAUCCCUUUGCAAGUAUUGGUGCUCUGCUGAAUACUUGAAGAAAAGGCAACUUGGGCAAGAUUCUCGAAAAAAAAAUUCUGAUGGCGCUCAAAAUAGGGGUGGUUCUAGGCCAUUAGUUGAGACUCAACAAUUUCUGGGAGCAAAGUAUGGACCUUCGAAAGCCACAAUAACAAACACUUACUGCUGCAUGAAAGCUGGUGUUAAAAAUUGUGAUGCUAAUGGGAAUGCUGGCCCAAUUCCCCAACAUGCAAAGAAACUUGUUGAUGCCUACAAUGAGGCAUUACAAGAAAAAUACCCAGAUAACUGGCAAGAGCAACCCUUUGAUGGUCAAAUUGCAUACAAGAUUGGUGGUGGCUUGGCCCAUGGUCGUCUUGCAAUAGGAGAUGGUGCUGUGAAGAAGGCUACGAUAAUUGAUGUUGCUAAGGCAAGUGGGACAAGGCCAGCAACCUCUAGGGCUUUUCAGAAUCUGUUGGCAAGAUAUGAGGAGUCAGUUGCAACCAUCGGUCAGUUAACUCAACAAAACAUGGCAUUGGCUCAACAAAAUGUUGUAUUGACUCGAGAUGUGAAGCGUAAUGGUCGUCUACUUGAGCUCAUUGUUAGCAAAGUACAGAUAGAGAUACCACCUGAACUGUUGCAGGAAGAAGAAAAUGAGAUGGGAGGGGCCAUAGAUGGAUCCUCUCAUGCUUCAGCCAACCUGGACAACAGCGAUGGCCAUUGA